UCCCCCGCGCAACUUCUGGGGUUACCUCAAUUAACGCCGCUCUCCGCGUAGUUUCCGGCGUCCUUCAGUUUCUGUCAGCGGGCGCACAAGCAGCAGCCCGGCCCUGGGGCGUCAGGUGGGGGCGGUGACCGGCUGUAGGGUUGCCAAUUCCUGGAGCUUUCAUCACAUGACAACCUUCAAUUACAGAUUAAUCUUUAGUUCCUGGCGACUCCAGGACAAUCAUGGUGGGCUGGCAACCCUAGACAACGGCCAAGCGUGGAUAGAGCCAGAUUUUGGGAGCCUGGUUGACAGUUAUGGAUGAAACUCCUUCCUGGAGACGUGGAUCCUUGACAGGGAAUUCUGAGCUGUGCUUUUCCUUUGGAGUCAUAGCAGAUAUUCAGUAUGCUGAUCUAGAGGAUGGUUAUAACUUCUGGGGGUCCCGGAGGAGAUACUACAGACACAGCCUUCACCUUCUCCAGAGCGCAGUUGAUGAGUGGAAUAAGGAAGACGGUCAACUUGAGUUUGUGCUGCAGCUUGGGGAUAUUAUUGAUGGUUUUAAUGCCCAACAUAAAACAUCAGAAAGUGCUCUGAGAAGAGUUAUGAACAAGUUUAAAAAGCUUAGAAUCCCAAUCCAUCACACAUGGGGAAAUCAUGAAUUGUACAACUUUACUAGAGACUAUUUAACACAAUCUGAACUUAACAGCAAGUCUUUAGAAGACCAGAUCUUCCUUGGCUCUGCUGCCAGUGGCCAGGACUCUCCUGGAGCCACUGCUGAAGAACAUUACUAUGCUUAUCAUUUUAGCCCAGUUCCAAAAUUUCGGUUCAUUUUACUUGAUGCUUAUGAUUUAAGUAUCCUUGGGAGGGAUAAAUCCACCCAAAAAUAUCAGGAUUCUUUGAAGCUGCUGAAGGAGAAAAACCCAAAUGAGAAUCUGAAUAGUCCCACAGGACUUGCUGAACCACAAUUUGUAGAGUUCAAUGGAGGAUUUAGCCAAACACAGCUGGAUUGGUUCAAUGAGGUUCUUACAUUCUCUGACACUAAUCAAGAGAAAGUCGUAGUUGUGGGUCACAUUCCAGUUCAUCCAGGUUCUUCAGAGAGUGUUUGCCUUGCUUGGAAUUAUAAAGAUGCCCUUUCUGUCAUCCAUUCUCAUCAGUGUGUGGUGUGCUUUCUCGCAGGGCACCUCCAUGAUGGUGGUUAUUAUUUAGAUUCUCAUGGAGUCCACCAUCUUACUUUGGAAGGGAUUGUUGAAACUCCACCAGAGAGCCAUGCCUUUGGAACGAUAUAUGUCUAUGAUGAUAAACUGGUAUUAAAGGGAAGAGGUAGAAUUCCAGACAAAGUAAUGUAUUACACAAAACAUUAGGAUAGUUGUAAAUACAAUUGUGCAUGAUCCAGACAAUGCUCCAGAAAUUAGUUUAAUAAAUAACAGCUGACCAUUGCAGCCAUGGUGUUUCUGUUUAUAGAAAAUCUGCACGAUGAUGCUUACAGCUUCAAGCCUGAUAAAUAGAGCCUCAGUGCUGCCCACCUUCUCCUCUCAGAGCUGGUAUCUUAGAAGCUUUACUUCUUCAAGAAGCAAGAAACAAGAUCUAGCUUCCUGCUAUAGGGCACAGGAGGGACAGCCAACAACUCAACACAAUCUGAAAUAAAUGCAAGUUGAUUUGGACAACUUCUGCUUGAAACAGUUAAAAGUGAACAAUUUGUUGUUAUUGUGGCACAAAAGGCACAAGCAACAUUAAAAGGUAUGUGAUCACACUAGCAAGGAGUUAUUAGUGCAUCUUUAUUAGUCACACUGUGUUAUGAAAUGAAAAUCUUAUCCCUAUCAGGUGUGAUUCAGCUUCUUUUCAAACACUAACAUUGAUGAUAUUCUUCAGCCUGCCAGUAGCUUGCUUUCUGAAAUCAGCAGAAAUUGUAGAUACUCUGCACCUCUAAAAACCAGAUUCCUUGGAAUGUUUUUCUUUUUUUGUCUAGGGAGGGGAUUUAUGAUUUUAUAGAUGAAAUGCUCAGGGAGAUUAUCCCUGUAUUGACUGGAUAUAUGUCACCUCAGGAGAGGAUGCAGAAAUAAAAUGUCUAGAUGCCAUAAAUGACUACUUCUUGGAUCUGAUAGUCCUGUAAACCAAAAGGGGAGAGACAAGUCUUGAUUAAGUCCUAAGUGGAGCACAGGGUCUAUAUAUAUAUAUAUAACUGAUCCGCUGAGUAAUAGCGGCCAUAAUGUAAUUAAAUAUAACAUCCUUGUAGGGGGAAUAUACAAAAGAAACCCACCACAGUAGCAUCUAACUUCAAAAAGGGGAACUACACAGAAAUGAGAAAGCUAGAUAAACAAAAAUUAAAAGGAAUAGUCACAACAGUGACUGCAAGACACCUUGACACUAUUUAAAAUAACUAUAAUAGACGCUCAAACUAAAUGUAUACCCCCAAAUAAAAAAAUAAAACCGUAAGGUAUGCCACCAUGGCUCAACAGCAAUGUAAAAGAGGCAGUUACAGGCAAUAAGACAUCCUUUAAAAAUUGGAAGUGAAAUCCUACCGAGGAAAAUAGAAAGGAGCAUAAACUCUGGCAAGUCUAGUGUAAGUGUAAUUAGGCAGCCCAAAAAAGAAUUUGAAGACCUUCUAGCAAAGGCAGUACAUCAGAUGCAGGAAGCCUGCCAAAAAAUCAGUGGGGCCACUGGACAAUCAAGGUGCUAAAGGAGCACUCAAGUAAGAGAAGGCCAUUGAGGAGAAUCUAAAUUAAUUCUUUGUAUUAGUCUUCACUGCAGAGGAAGUGAGAGAGAUUCCCACAUGAGCCAUUCUUUUUAGGUGACUAAUCCCACAUUGAGGUGUCAGUAGGGAAGGUUUUGGAACAAAUUAAAUUAAACUGUAAUAAAUUACCAGGGUCAUGAUAUUCACCCAAGAGUUCUGAAGGAACUCCAAUAUGAAAUUGCAGAACUGCUACGGGGAAGGUAGUUUUUGAGUUGGGUGAAACCUGGGGGUAUGCAAGACAAAUUAGACUUCUGAAAGGGGUACAGUAAUCUGGAAAGGUGGAGAGCUGCUGGCUUAAAUUACAAUUGUGUCCAAAAGUCCUAAUCAGGGUUUGGACAGCCUGUUGUUAGUUUCUGACAGUGUUGGUGGAUUGUCUUGGAAAUGUGUUAAUUAAAAUAUCAGAGAACCAAUAUCUGCUUAGAGUAUGAACACAGUUUUAUUGAAUAAUUCUGUAGUUAGGAGGGUUUGCGUAUCAUUCAUAUGCUUAAUUAUUUUAAAAAAUAAAUUCAUAUAGUCCAUGAGCAUAUUUUCAAAAAGUCAGUACAAUAAGCUAAAUAUAUUGGAGUGGAGGACUUUCAAAACAAAAAUCAAAGUUAUGCUUGUACUUUGAAGCUGUUCAUCCGACCAUCCCAUUAGGCAGGUGGUGUUUAGCAUGAUGAUGGCAAUUUCUUUGCUUGAAGUCCUGUGAUAUGAACAGAGCAUGUGAGAAGUAAAGUAGGGCGGUAUUUUAAACCAGUGGUUGUGGUAGAUCAAGACUAAUGGAGAGCUUAAAUUACUUUUGAUAGCUGGUAUGGGUGAAAAUAUUAAGUUAAUGUUUUGUUUAGUUUGAGUUAAAACUUGAUUAAAAAUAAUUAGUGGUCAAAAGCACCCUUUUUCUUUUGUUAGAAAGGCCACUAUUAAGAGUACUGCUUGAUGCUGCUAAGUAAAAUAAGCUAUUACUUUGAUUUAUUUUGUCUGUGAUGCAGAAUGCUUCUAGCAAUUGGCUUAUCUGGUGCACUGUUUCUUUAUUCUGUCCCCACCCACCCUGUCUAAAUUUGAUGCAAGAUCACAUGUAUCCCAUGCCUUCAGAGCCUGCUUCUCUGCCAUCUAUUUACACCCGUACCAAUUAUAAAAAUUGUUGAACAAGAGAAUCUUUCACCAUAUGCUCAUGACUGUGCUUUCUUCAUAUACCACUUUCACUCUCAUGCUAUCACUGAUCAGAAACUGAUGAAAGGUCAUGCAGUUCUCAUGAGUUUUUUUUACUUUGCUUCUAUUUGCUGUGUUGUGAAAGUGGUAUGUACAGGAAUAGUACAAUGCUAUUGUCUGCAGUGGUGGAGGGAAACUGAAGGUGGAAAGAAGAGGGUGAAGAUUACUGGAUGAACAGGUGGAAGAAGACAAAACUAAAGAGGGGGAUGACCAGUGGUCUAGUGCAGUAUUUCCCAAAUGGUAGGUCUUGACCCGCCAGUGGGUCAUGGGAAGAUACUAGAUGGAUUGCCACAUUCAGGGCUGGAUUAACCCAUCACUGGGCCCUGGCCUGGGCAAACAUACACUAUUCCUGGCCCACUGUGGGUGGAGGAGGUAUGGGGCAGAGGGAGGACUGGAGAGCAAGCCCACCCUGCAGCAACCGCUCCUAUUCUACGGGACUAAGCCCAGCUCCCUGCUCUGGUGAUGUGACCAGGGGCAUAGCAUCACUUAAAUUUGGCCUGGCCACUCUUGAUUGAUGCUGUGACCCCAUGCUCCACGUCGCAAUGCCACUCAAAUUUGGCCCAACUGGCGGAGGGGGAGCCUCCCAUAACACCUCCCACAGGACAGGAGCUGCCACAGUGAAGUGAAUGAGGAGCGGGGUCACUUUCCAACCCUUUCUUCUCAGGCCUUCCCUCUGCAUUGUGCCUGGAUUAGGGUUGCAGGGCUGGGGCAGAGAGGACAUGUGUAAUGGUGGGUCAUUAAAAAAAAAAAAAAAGACAAAAUGGAAUUGGUGGGUCGACUUAAUAAAAAGUUUGGCAACCUCUAGUCUAGCAGUAGUAUAUCUGGUUCUUGCUGAAGGACAACCUAAAAAGGUGUAAUAUUGACACUUGGGAGACACUUGCCCAGGAUCGCUUAAAAUGGAGUGAAGUCCUAGAUGGUGGUCCCCUGCAUUUUGAACUUGCUCACCGACAAGCUGAAGAGGACAAGAGGCGCAGGAGGAAGGAGACUCGUUUCCAGUCAUGGUCAACAGCCUCCUGCUGAGCCUGAAAACAUCUGCCCUCAUUGUAAUAGAACUUGUGGUUCAAGGAUUGGCCUUAUUAGCCACCUGAGGACCCAUAACUCCCAUGGAAGAUGAUCAUACUCAGUAAAGAGUGAUUGCCCAUCAUCAUCUGGUCCUUUUCUCUCUGAGCCAGCUGUGGAUGGAAUACUCCUUUGGGAAUGGGGGCUAUGUCUUGCCUCCCCAUCUAGUGACCUCCACCUUGCCCAGAGUAAAGUAGUAGCACAGUAAUAGUUUUAACCUAGCUUUUUUUUUAAAGUUUUGACACUUUGCUGAAAUCCCAGCAUGUAUCAUUCUGUGAUGACAUAUUGAGAGAAUAUCUUCAGCAAACCAUUCAGUACCAGUAAGAAGUCAGAGCCUAGUCUUUCCCCACCCCCCUUCUUCUUUUAGAGAAAAAAAAAUAGCCAUGUAUGUGUUAUGUGCCACUUAGAGCCUAACUAAUGGAAUUAUUUAGCGUAAAUUUAAUUUUACAUGGACUGUAAAGAUAACACUUAAAAUUCUGACACAUUCUGUUGGCAUAUCAUAUGUUGGCAUAUGUUAAGGGCUCUUAUAAAGGUGAUGUUAUAAACUGUUCUCCUGAAUCUGAUUGAUUUAGGUAAGAUAUUUGGGGGGGAAUUUUCUAACUAUAAGGAUAGUUAAGCAAUGGAAUAGAUUUCCAAGGGAGGUUGUGAAAUCUUCCUCAUUAGAGGCUUUUAAGAACAGGUUAGAUAAACAUCUGUCAAAAAUGGUCUAAGUAGACUUGGUCCUGCCUCAGUGCAGGGGCUUGGACUAGAUGAUCUCUCAAGGUCAUGUCAAGCCCUACAUUUCUAAAAUUGUAUAAGUGUGGUAAUGUAACCUAUCGCUUAAAUUAGCUCCUCUACCAGAUAACUGGAGGAAAGUUAAUGCAAUGUCAAUUUUUAAGAAAUGCUUCAGAGGUGAUCCUGGCAAUUACAGGCUGGUAAACUAACUUCAAUGCCAGGCAAAUUCGUUGAAAUUAUAGUAAAGAACAGAAUUAUCAGACACAUAAAUGAACAAACUAUAUUAGAGAAGAGUCAAUAUGGGUAAAGGGAAAUUGUGCCUCACCAAUCUAUUAGCAUUAUUUGAGUGUAUAAAGAGCAUGAGGAAAGGGUGAUCCAGUUCAUGUAGUGUACUUGUACUUUCAGAAAGCCUUUGACAAGGUCUGUAGUGAGGCAGAGUGGCCUCCCUCCAGUACAGAGGGGGUUAAUUCCCCCUGGUGGGUACAGCUAACACCACCUCAUUCACAGGAAAGGCAGGGGCACAGCAGGAAGUAUAGGAGCAGGAUCCUGUAGCUAGUUGGGGUUGGACCAGGGAAGGAGGCAGACGUCCCUCCCAGGGAGUUGAGCCCUCAGUCAAGCCUGUGACCGGCAGCAGAGAGAAAAGACAGACCACUGCCCCAGGAGACAGGAGGAAGGGCUGCCUGACCACAAGUCUGAGAACCAGGUCAAAGUGGUGAUGGAGCAGCGCCAGCAGGAAAUAGCCCAGGGAAACAAGAAGUUGGUCUGGUUGUACUGCUGAGACGUGAGGCAUCUCGUCAGAUGUUCGGCUGCGUGCGUGUGCUCUCUCUGCAUGCUGCACUGACUCUAGCUAGAUAGCCCGUGCAGCAGGCUCCGAUCAAACUACCCAAUAAGACCACCAGACUUGGUUUAAUAGCGAAGGCGCCUGGCCAGGUUUAUUACCGACAAAGCACAGUGCUAAUGCCCCUGCUCAAUGGUUACAGGUACACUAACACGUAUGCCCAUGACAAUGGAUGUAGCUGUCAGUGGCGGGACUUUCCACUGCCCCCUCAGCUGGAUAAAGACACUUCCUCUGAGAUACAUCUUUAUAUACUGAUACAAACAAGUUACGUAUCACCCUUGACGUAUCUGAUGUAUUAGGGUGCCCCCCAUUGCCUUGUACCUGUAGGUUUGAUCAAAACAGCUCUAUUCUUCAUGCUAUCAUCCUGACCUUAUCCUUAAGCUGCGUCAGCAUGUUCCUGUUAUCUUUGGGGAAUGUUUAUCAGGGUGUUCUGGUACCACCCUUCUGGAAUGUGCUUGUGUGAGUGUUUUGUGCCUAGCACCUCUUAGGAAUAUGUGUUUUUGCAAUAUCAGCCCUAUGCUAGCUAAAUUCUCUGAGCAGGGCCUUCCUCUUGCUCACAACUUAACUUUCUUUUAUAUCAGCAAGGUUUUGACUAUAGCGCAGGCCUCAUAUCAGGCCUCUGAUACAUGGGCUUAUGUUUCAGGCCCUGUUCCUACUACAGCAUGUUUCCCCACUGACCCCGUGUAGGAUUACCCAUCACUUCUAGGGCUCUGGGCAGGGACUCAGUGGAGCAGGAUGGGCCUGGCUCCCCUUGGCCCUGUAUGUGGGGCUGGGUGCAUGCUAACCUUUUGCCUGGAAGGCUGAAAAUGCUGCCUGUUUGUUUGCUCAGCCCUCAUCUUAGCAGGCCUGAGAUAUAGACUACCUGUUAACAUACUGAACCUGCACCCUGCAGGUUGAACUGUCAAUUGUGUGACUGCAAGCCAGGCUGCCGACCACUUCAACUGGCAGGUGUACCAAUCCCCUAAUGCUGCCACAGGGGGUGCCCUAACAGAAAGCUUACAAAGUCCCACACCAAAGGCUUUUAAGCAAAGUAAGCAGUUAUGGGAUAAGAGGGAAGGUCCUCUCAUGGAUCAGUAACUGGUUUAAAAGAUAGGAAUCAACAGGUAGGAAUAAAUGGUCAGUUUUCACAAUGGAGGGAGGUAAAUAGUGGGGUCCCCUGCUCUUUUGGGACCUGUUCUGUUCGAUAUAUUCAUCAAUGAUCUAGAAAAGGGAGGUAAACAGUGAGGUGGAAAAGUUUGCAGAUAAUACUAAAUUACUCAAAAGAGUUAAAUCCAAAGCAGACUGCAAAGAGUUAAAAAGGGAUCGCAGAACCUGGUUACUGGACAACAAAAUGACAGAUGAAAUUCAAUGUUGAUAAAUGCAAAGUAAUGCACAUUGGAAAACAUAAUCCCAACUAUACAUACAAAAUGUUGGGGUCUAAAUUAGCUGUUACCACUUAAAAAAGAUUUUGCAUUCAUCGUGGACAGUUCUCUGAGCACACCUGCUCAAUGUGCAGUGGCAGUCAAGAAAGCUAACAAUGUUAGGAACCAUUAGGAAAGAGAGAGAUAAUAAGACAAAAUAUGUCAGUCUAAAUCCAUGGUAUGCCCACACCUUGAAUACCGCAUGUAGUUCUGGUCACGCUAUCUCCAAAAA